AUGGUCAAGGCCCGGAAGAGAUUGAUUCUCGCCUGCGAUACUUGCCGGUCGAAAAGGACUAAAUGCGACGGUCUGAGACCCUCGUGCAAUCCCUGCCAAGUGCGCGGACUGGAUUGCUUCUAUAAGGAGCUUCCCUCCAGCCCUGCAAACAAGAUCGAAUCGGAAUUAGCCAUCGUGAACCAGCGCCUGGACUACAUUACUAGUCUGCUCACAAAGCAACCGAAACCGGUGCAGGAAGAUCAAGAAGAUGCGGCCGCGCUCAGCUCCCAUGAAGAUUCUCCAUUUCGACUGCUCGCAACCAGGUCUAUUAUGGUCGUGUUGGAUCUCGAGCCUGAUUUCCCCCAAAACCUCAUCCGGCUUGAGAGAAUCAACUUCCUCAUGGGCUCAACGAACAGCUCCGACGCGCGAUUUUUCUUCGUUUCCCACCAGCAGACCGUGACUGCAUUGGCUGCUUUUUCGGAGCGCAUUCAUGCCUAUUAUCCCAUUCUCGCAUCAAACUUCACAGAGGAAUACUUCCGGGUUCUGUCUGAGCCUCUCAAGCCAUCAUCCCGGGCAUGUUUAGUUCUUCUAGUGGCUGCUGUCGGCUGUGCGGUGGCACACGAUCCCACAUCCGACCGGGAGAACCCGUUCUUCGCAACUGCUCUCUCAUCAUUGCCGCUGGUUGUUGCGGAAUGCUCUCUAGUUACUGUCCAAUGCCUGAUCUUUUUGAGCAUUUAUUACGCUUGCCUUCUCAAACCCUGUCAGGCUCAUGACUACUGCCUAGUGGCGUCCUUUAAGAUUCAGAACCUCUUUAAAAGUGGUCUACAAGGCACGGACCCUGAAAUGCUGGAAUUGACCUACCGAUCGUACUGGGCGGUUCUGUUACUGGAAAGCGAACUGAGCGUCCAGCUCGAUGUUGCCAAGAGCGUCAUCUGGGAUCUCGAUAACUAUGUUCCACUUCCGAACUGUCUUCAUACAUGGCAAUUCCCUUCCGAAGAACUGUCCACCAGUCCAGGUAGUCAUUCCCCAGCGAGCGCAAAUUCAGCUCGCAGCACCAGGCCAGACCAGGCCCAGUCAUUCUUUCUAGCCGAGAUAGCGAUGCGGCGAAUGCUGCACCGGUGUAACUCCGCAGUGACGCUGGGUCCAACAGGUCAAUCAGCGUAUGCGCCAGGAGUUGCCAUAGAAUUGGAACGCCAAUUAGACGAAUGGUAUGAUUAUCUGCCGGAUAGCAUUCGGUUCCCCAGAGACUCUAGUCAACAUUGCGCAAAUCGCAUUGGGUCACUAUCGAACUUCCUCCGUGUACAGUAUUACUGCUGCAAGUUGUCCAUAUACUGGCCGGCUGUCUACCAGGCAAUGCAGGAUGGUGUAGUCGAAGGCCAGCUGCUCAGCCACUGCCAGCGAUUCUUUGACUCUUACAUCCAACUGAUGCCUAGCAUCACAUUUGCGUUCCACAACUGUCUAAUUCACAAAUGGACACUUUUUCUGAGCAUAUUCAUUACCACCAUGGUGGUUUUAAAAGCCACAGAAAAUUCUUGUCUGACCAAUACCAGUCCUGACCUACUUCACGAGUGUCUUUUCUCGGUUACUACAGCAGGCUGGGGUUCAGAAAUCAAUAGUCCCUCCUUGACAAUCAUGCAACAGACGUUGAGUCAACGGCUCCUAGACUAUAAGAAUUGUAAAGAAUAUGAUUGUGAGGUCACGUGA